AUGUCUGCUCCUGCCGCUUUCUCCGACAUCGCCAAGGCGACCAACGAUCUCCUGAACAAGGACUUCUACCACGCCAGCCCGGCCAACCUUGAGGUUAAGUCCAAGGCCCCCAACGGUGUUACUUUCACCGUUAAGGGCAAGUCUGCCCACGAGGGUUCCAUCGCUGGCCAGCUUGAGGCCAAGUACGUCGAUGCGCCCACUGGCCUUACCCUCACCCAGGCUUGGACCACCGCCAACGCUCUCGACACCAAGCUUGAGCUGGACAACAACAUCGCCAAGGGCCUCAAGGCUGAGAUCCUGACCCAGUACCAGCCCGCUAAGCAGUCCAAGGGUGCUAAGCUCAACCUCUACUUCAAGCAGCCCAACCUGCACGCCCGUGCUUUCUUCGACCUGCUGAACGGCCCCACCGCCAACCUUGACGCUGUUCUCGGCCACGAGGGCUUCCUCGUCGGCGCUGAGGGUGGUUACGAUGUCAACAAGGCUGCCAUCACCAAGUACUCCGCUGCCGUCGGUUACAGCGUUCCCCAGUACUCCGCUGCCAUCACUGCCACCAACAACCUGUCCCUCUUCUCCGCCAGCUACUACCACCGCGUUAACGCUCAGGUCGAGGCCGGUGCCAAGGCUUCUUGGGACUCCAACUCCGGCAACGCUGUCGGUCUUGAGGUUGCCAGCAAGUACCGCCUGGACCCCUCUUCCUUCGCUAAGGCCAAGAUCAACGACCGUGGUGUCGCCGCUCUGGCCUACAACGUCCUGCUCCGCCCCGGUGUCACCCUCGGCCUGGGUGCUUCCUUCGAUACCCAGAACCUGAACCAGGCUGCCCACAAGGUUGGCGCCAGCUUCACCUUCGAGGCUUAA